CUUCCGGGUCGCGGUGCUUGCAGGGAACGUUCCGCAAGUAGCGUCGUUUCCGUUGUCGGCUCUUUGCAGUUGGGGAAACCGAGGCAGCUUCUGCUCCUCCUAGUUCUCCGCUCCUGUGAGGAAAAAAUGUUUAUUUCUUUGUGGGAGUUCUUCUAUGGGCACUUUUUGCGAUUUUGGAUGAAAUGGCUCUUACGACAGAUGACUGGAAAGUGUGAAUUGCAGCGAAUUUUUGAUACCUAUGUGGGUGCACAGAGGACUCACAGGAUAGAAAAUUCCUUGACAUACUCCAAGAAUAAGGUUUUACAGAAGGCAACACAUAUUGUCCAGAGUGAUGUGGACAAAUAUGUAGAAGAUAUAAUGAAGGAAAAGAAUAUUAACUCUGAGAAGGAUUCCAGUUUUAAAAUCUGCAUGAGGACAUGCUUACUACAGAUAACUGGUUAUAAACAGCUCUAUUCGGAUGUAGAAAGUGUGAGGAAAAGGCCAUAUGAUUCUGAUAACCUGCAACAUGAAGAGCUCCUCCUAAAGCUUUGGAAUCUUCUAAUGCCAACGGAAAAGUUGAAGGCCAGAAUCUCCAAGCAGUGGGCUGACAUUGGUUUCCAGGGUGAUGAUCCCAAAACAGACUUCAGAGGCAUGGGCAUACUGGGAUUAAUCAAUCUUGUGUAUUUCAGUGAAAAUUACACCAAUGAAGCUCAUCAGAUUCUUUCUCGUUCAAAUCAUCCAAAAUUAGGGUAUUCUUAUGCAAUAGUUGGAAUCAAUCUUACAGAGAUGGCUUAUAGCUUAUUGAAGAGUGAAGCUUUGAAGUUUCAUCUCUACAACUGUGUUCCUGGUAUACCAACAAUAGAACACUUUCAUCAGUUUUAUUGUUAUCUUGUCUAUGAAUUUGACAAGUUUUGGUUUGAAGAAGAACCAGAAAGCAUUAUGUAUUUCAACUUGUAUAGAGAGAAGUUUCAUGAAAAGAUAAAAGGACUCUUACUAAAUUAUAAUGUAGCACUUACUUUAAAAAUAUAAAUCAUCCAUUUUAUCCUCUAUUUUUACCACAUUUUGCACACACAACAGAAUUUAUAUGUUGUAAUAGAAAUUAUCUGAUCAACUUCACUCUUAUAUAAUUUCCUACAAAAGUAUUUCAGAAAUUCUAUUUAAGAAAGCUAGUGGACAAUCAGUGUAUGUUUACAAUUGUUUAUACACUGUUCUCCAAAGGUACCUUAUCCUUCCAAAGAUCCUCUCUGUAGAGACAUGUGGACUACAGUCUGGAACUUGGGACUUGGCCCAUUAAGUGUAAAAGUAUAAAUCAGGUGUUUGUAUUAAAUUGGUUAAUUAACAUGUGUAACAUCA